AUGCUUUUCGGAGCUCCUUUGCAGCUCGAAGGGUCCGCGACGGCUAGCGUUUCCGAUUCCGCCCAGAUGAGCUUCUCCGAGCUGGGGGGAGGUGCCUACCCGCCUAGCACGACAUGUGCUCGCCCGCCACAAGAGCUGCCACCAGAGGUGCCAGCUAUGCAGGAAGACACCUUAGACUACAUGAAGCCUGCGGAGGAAGCGCAUUACAACUUCCGAAACCUCCCGCUGGAAAUCUUCGACCAUGCAGAGGACUUCGAAGUCAAGACUCCGCAGGAGUGGAUGGCGGAGGUCCAAAAGGACGACCGCAGACCACAGGCCUGUGUUGUACACUACAAAGCCAAGAAAUGGAUCAUGGCUCCAUGCUGGGUCCUCCGCUAUGAAGAGGCCAUCAACAGAUAUAUUGUGGAAAUGGAGGAUGCUUCUCAGAAGAAAGUGAAGCGCCUCUCUCUCCGUUUCAACGCCGAAGAUCCGGCCAACUUUGAGCGGCGCGUAGAGACAUGCAGAGGGCGCAAGGCCUGGUGCGAACUCCAAGAGGCUUUUAUAGACUACAUCGAGCACAAGGAUGACAAGCUCGUCACCCCGUUUUCACGCUCGAUGAAGGAAUUCUUCAUCAGAUCUUGUCUUGAGAAGUGCAGCCUUGACGAGCCGAACAGCCAUGCCAGCACCAUCCGUGAGCUCAUGGCAGAAGUCGAUGCGAAUUACAUGCUCUCGAUGAAGCUGUUCAAUGUCAAGGUAGAGCUGAUACCGCUCAUGAGCACCAAGGAAGCUUACCUUCCUGACGAGUCGAACACCUUCUCUUUGAAGUUUGCGCCCGUGAUGCAGAGCUUCCUGCCAUCGCCGUGUCCAGAAUCCGGUCUUGUGGAACAUGCGAGACCAGAGAUGCGCGUCCAGCAGCUCGUGGCAGAGAUGCGGCAGAUGCCUCUCCUGGGCAGCAGCAUCUUUGCCAUCACCUGCCAGGUGUGGCGCCGGUACAUCAACGAGGUUGCUAGAAUGGAGCUGGUAGACACCACGCGCGUAGGGGGCGUGGAUGUGACCCGACAAAGAAAGCUCAUCAAGAAAGCCGAUUCGAUCAUCUUCGAGCCGCAGGACAUGUUCGAGCACCAGAAGAGCCACAUUGAAAGAAUAACGAACCACCUGAAGCGAGGGUGGCGCGACUACAUCAUUGCGGAGGUCUUGGAUAAGCUGUCCGACGACUACAAUUUCUUUAGCGAUGAUACAGAGAAGCACAUGCAAAGCCCUUUGCAUGCAUUGCUCCGAAAAUUAGAUCUCAUCAUCAACUCGCAGCUUCGCUGGUUUGUCCAGAAUUCAAUGGAGAGUUGGUGCAACUUUCUGAACACUUUCGUACCGGAUCCAAAGACGAAGCGGCCCACACCGUUGAUCUAUCUUGACAUCGAGGCUGACAAUGACGAAAUCUACCUCGAGCCAGAACCACAGGACUUCCUCAACGAAUUCGAGAGCAUGCUCCGAGAUGCCACUAAGAGUAUUAGCAUCGUGAAAACCAUGGAAGCCGAGCUCAUGCCUUUCACAAAUAUUGAAGAGAAAGUCUUGUACACCCCGGAGUGCAGCCCUGAUGGCGACGAUGUCGAGUACCAACCGUGGCCUGGCAUGGCCACGGGCGUUGACUUCCGCAGCAACUUCCAGAAGCGCUUCGCUGCUCUUCAGGAGAAGCUUGCGCAGGCCAGUGAGCGCAGCGAGCGCUCCGCGGGUGCCAAGGAUCCGGACCAUGGCUCGGGCGAGGCGGCACUUCGAUCCACGAAUGUGGAUGAAGUACGAGAGAAGCUGCUGGCAAAAGCCGUUGCUGCCGGUCGACUGCCAUCCAGCGCUGCCGAAGCAGGAGUGCGGCGGACCAGUUUGCCACUCGUUUACGACGGACAUUCUGAUGAGGUCAGGGCUGCGGUUGAAGAAGCAGGCCUUCCAGCAGAUGCAGCUGCGCAGCUGUCACAGCUGGCCGCAAUGCGGCGGGCUGAAAAGGAGCAGCGGGCGGAAGAGCUGCAAAAGCUAGCAAAGCAAGCGGAGCAGAUCCAGGCGGCUUUGGCGCAGGGCAUCCCAAAAGUUCCCGAGCUGCCAAGUGCACCGGAGUUGGAGUCGCAGGCGGAGCGCCUGCGAAAAGUCUGGGAGGCACAGCAAAAGGUUGAAGCAGACCUUCAAGACCUGAUCCGUGGUUCCGCCGAGCAGAUGGGCAAGGGCAAGGGCAAGGCCUCCGGCAAGUGGCCAGGGAAGGGUGCUGCAACUUUUGCUGGAGAGCAAACGGCCUUCUUGCCGCCGCAACAACUGCAGGCAUCCCCUGGCCGUCCUUUGGCGAGGCCCAGCAUGGCCGGCAGGCAGUUGGCCCCUAGCAACUUCAGGAGCCCAGCGGAACUCCAGGCCCUGGCAGCAGCCCAGGGUCGGCCGCCCGCGGGCCAGGAGCAGGGCCAAAGACACAUGCCGAUGGCGAUGCCGGAGGAGCCUCGGGUAGACGCCUCCAGAGCUGAUGCCUGGCACGCGGCUGCUGAG